AUGGGUGGCCAAAGCAGAGAAGGCGGCAAAGUCAAGCCCCUCAAGUCAGCCAAGAAGGAGAAGAAGGAUCUCGACGAGGACGACCUUGCCUUCAAGGAGAAACAGCGAGCUGAGGCCAAAGCCAAGAAGGAACUUCAGGACAAGGCAAAGGGCAAGGGUCCGCUGAACACCGGUCAGCAGGGCAUCAAGAAGUCAGGAAAGAAAUGA